CUUCUUUGCUGCAGGAGACUCAGUUCUCAUCCAGUGGAGCAAUGAGUCCUGGGGUGGGCCCUGGGCAAGCCCUCAAAGAGACAGACGCAUGGCCUUUUGGAAAGGAUACUGUACAGAAGCAGCUCCAGGAGAACUGAGCUGGGCCUUGUUGGAGAGCACAUCUGAUCAGGGAGUGAAGGGAGCCUGGCAGGGGAGUGACUGGACCUUUCAUGGCGAGCCCACACCUUAACUGUGCUGUUCAUCCUCACCUGUGCGCUGGGCUACGUGACUCUCCUGGAGGAAACGCCUCAGGACACAGCCUACAACACCAAGAGACAGUCCAGGACGGCAGGCAGUUUCUGAAGUAUGUUGACCCCAGAUUGGGAGUCCCGCUGCCAGAGAGGGACUACGGGGGGAACUGCCUCAUCUACGACCCAGACAACAAGACCGACCCCUUCCACAACAUCUGGGACAAGCUGGAUGGCUUCGUUCCUGCCCACUUUAUUGGCUGGUACCUGAAGACUCUCAUGAUCCGCGACUGGUGGAUGUGCAUGAUCAUCAGUGUAAUGUUUGAGUUCCUGGAGUACAGCCUGGAGCACCAGCUGCCCAACUUCAGCGAGUGCUGGUGGGACCACUGGAUCAUGGAUGUGCUUGUCUGUAAUGGGCUGGGCAUCUACUGCGGCAUGAAGACCCUGGAGUGGCUGUCCAUGAAGACCUACAAGUGGCAGGGCCUCUGGAACAUUCCAACCUAUAAGGGCAAGAUGAAGAGGAUUGCCUUCCAGUUCACGCCCUACAGCUGGGUCCGCUUCGAGUGGAAGCCUGCCUCCAGCCUGCGCCGCUGGCUGGCCGUGUGUGGCAUCAUCCUGGUGUUCCUGCUGGCAGAGCUGAACACCUUCUACCUGAAGUUCGUGCUGUGGAUGCCCCCCGAGCACUACCUGGUUCUGCUACGACUGGUCUUCUUCGUGAACGUGGGUGGCGUGGCCAUGCGUGAGAUCUACGAUUUCAUGGAUGACCUGAAGCCCCAUAAGAAGCUGGGCCAGCAGGCUUGGCUGGCGGCAGCCAUCACAGCCACAGAGCUGCUGAUCGUGGUGAAGUACGACCCACACACGCUGACCCUGUCCCUGCCCUUCUACAUCUCCCAGUGCUGGACGCUGGGCUCCGUCCUGGUGCUCACCUGGACCGUCUGGCGCUUCUUCCUGCGGGACAUCACCUUAAGGUACAAGGAGACCCGGCGGCAGAAGCAGCGGAGUGACCAGGGCAGGGCUGUUGGCCACGGGGACGGGCACCCGGGGACAGACGAUGACCUGCCUGGAUCAGGAGCUGCCCAGGAAGGGGCCUCUGAGCAGAGGGUGCUGGCUGGGAAGGAGGGGCCCUCCACCACCUCCUGAGUGCCUGCCUGCCCAGGGCCUCGCCCUCCAGGGGAGGAGGACUGAGGGCCAUUCAUUCCACUCUGCACUGGGGUCCUGGGCUCCCCCAGGGCUUGCUCUGGGCAGGGGGUCCCGCCCUUCCCCUGCUGCCUGGUCUUCCAGGGCUCUGGCUUGACACACUUGUGCCUGGCAGCACGGCCCAGCACAGGCCACUUGGGGACCUGUGUCCACUCACUGAGUAUGGGCAGGGCUGCCCAUCCUCCUGGUGACCCAGGGGAGAGAGAGGUCCACCAACACAGGAUGACCAAGUCGUGGACGGACAGCAGCAUCGAGUGCUUCCUCUGAGCCUUCGCCCCGUCCCAACUCUCAGCAGGACAUGGCAGGGUCAGAGGUCGUGGGACCUGCCAGUGGGAGGCUCUGGGGCCCCAGGCACUUUUUUUGGGGGGGUGUUGUCUCUGCGAGCAAACAGAACAAAUAAAGUGACCGUGGAGGUGGAA